AUGCUGGUGGGGGGGCGCGGAGAGCAGCAGCUGCUGGAUAGCAGCAGCAUGCAGCAGAGGGCCCACCAGGGCUUCCGAGUUGCUGCAGCAGCAGCAGCAGCAGCAGCAGCAACAGGGGGCCCCCAGGGGCCCCUGGGGCCCCCCGCAGCAACAUGCGGUCUUUCUCAGCAGCUAACAUAUGAGGGUACUGCUGCACCCAGCGAGCUGCGCUGCAGGGCGACGACGCACCUGCUGCAGCUGCUGCGCCAGAAGGAGCGGGCUGUUGCUGCUGCUCCUGCUGCUGCUGCUGCUGCUGCUGCUGGUGGUGGUGGUCCUGCUUCUGUGGACAGCUCUUGCUGCAGCACGGCAGCAGACAGCAACAUAAGCAGCAGCAGCAGCUGGGGAACCCUCAGCAGCCGCUGCAGCAGCAGCGCUCGCACCACCGACAGCUACGGCUGCUCCUCAUCAGUAUGCUCCCAGACAUCAGAGGAUGAGCCUGUGCAGCAGCAGCAGCCUUUUUGCCGCAUGCAGCAGCAGCAGCAGCAGCGGCUAAUCCGCAACGAGCAGCAGAAACGGCAGCUGCAGCUGCAGCAGCAGCAGCAACAGCAACAGCGACAGCAGCAGCUCCACCCGAGGCCGAUGCCAGCAGAUAACCUGCACUUGAUCCAGCUGCAGGCCAAGCUGCAGCAGCAACACGAGUGGCUGCAGCAGCAGCGGCAGCAGCAGCAGCAGCAGCAGCAGCAACAGCAGCAGCAGCAGCAGACGUAUCAGGGGCAGAUGCAGCGAACUGUCUGUCAGCAGUACGGCCGCCAGCAGAGUCUGCCCACGGAUCAGCCGCAGUGGCAGCAGCAGCAGCAGCAGCAGCAGCAGCAGCCGCAGCAGCAGCGUGCGCAGCAGCUGCAGCAGCAGCAUGAGCAGCUGCUGCAGCGUGUGCAGAGGCAGCAGCAACAGCAACAGUGGCAGCAGCAACAACAGCAGCAACAGCAGCAAUGGCCGCAGCAGCAGCAGCAGCAGCAGCAACAGCAACGCCAAGAGUCGCCUGCACAGCAGCAGCGGCAGCGCAUGCGACAGCGACGCAGACAGCAGGGACAGCCGCAGCAGCAGCAGCAACUGCAGCAGCAACCGCAGCAGCAGCAGCAGCAGCAGCAGCAGCGGCAGCAACCCUUCCUGCAGCCUGAUCUACAGCCUUCUCCGCAGCUUGUGCAGCUUUCUCUGAACCAGCAGCAGCAGCGGCAGCAGAAGAUGCAGCUGCUGCAGCAGAAGCUGAAGUUGCUGCAGCAGAAGCUGCAGCAAGAACCACAGCACCAGCAGCACCAACAGCACCAGCAGCAGCAGCAGCAGCAGCAGCAGCAGCAGCAGCAGCAGGGAAUAAGUCUGCCGCGGCAAAGGAUUGAUGGGCCUUGCAUUUCAAGGAGAAGUUCCAGCAGCAGCUCAGUUUCAUCUGCUGCUGCUGGCGCUCCCUUGAGAGCAGCAGCAGCAGCAGCAGCUGCUGCUGCUGCAGCAGCAGAGCCGAAUGAAAGGGCCAGCAAUGCCUUUGCUGCUUCUCUCUUUAUGCGUAUCCCCGACGCUUCAGCUAUCCCUCUACCUGUCUCUCUUUUGUCUUAG